UAAAAACAUCCCUUUUAUCCUACUCCAUCUUGCUUGGCGUUAUACAAACCACACAUAUAUAAUGAUCCCAAUAGAAAUUUUAUUUUUCUCGGCUUUCAUUCGAUAAUGGCCAUCUCCGGUUCUUUGCAGCUGUUGUCUCUUGAUCUUGGAAUUCGCAGCAACAGCCGGCGCAGCAAACGAUUUCGAAAUUCGAGAACCAGAAGCAAAAUGCAGUUGCUGGACACUACUGAAUUCUCAUCGUCGUCGCUGUUGCAUUUUCCUUGGAGUACAAAUAUCUCGAAGAGGAUACAUAGACGAGGGUGCACCUUCUCCUCCAGAAAUCAGCAAUUUAAAUGUCAAUGUUCUUCUCUAAACAAAGGCCUCUCUGUGGACAUUACUUUUGUGAAGGAUGUCACCUUAACUUUAACAGGUUCAAUUCCUCGUUUGCAAGGAAGUCCACUUGUCAUCAAAUUAGCUUCAUCCAUCGGUAUUGUCGUUUUUGCAAUAUGGGGAAUUGUGCCACUUGAGAAUGACAACAGUUGGAUAAAGAGCAGCACGUAUCACGUAACCACCUCUUAUGUUCAGCCUUUACUGCUGUGGGCAGGAGCAAUCUUCAUCUGCAGAGCUUUGGAUCCAGUUACUCUUCCCUCACAAGCUAGUCAAAUUGUUAAGCAGCGGCUCCUAAAUUUUGUCAGAUCGUUGUCAACGGUGCUGGCCUUCGCACAGUGUUUGUCGAGUGUAAUUCAACAGUCACAAAAGUUCUUCAUGGAGACAAAUGAUACAAUCGACACUAGAAAUAUGGGAUUCCAAUUUGCUGGCAGAGCAGUAUACACAGCUGUAUGGGUUGCAGCUAUAUCAUUGUUCAUGGAGUUGUUAGGCUUCUCGACCCAAAAAUGCAUCACAGCAGGAGGACUAGGGACCGUUUUGCUCACUCUUGCUGGGCGUGAGAUUCUCACAAACUUUCUCUCAAGUGUGAUAAUUCAUGCAACACGUCCAUUUGUAAUGAAUGAAUGGAUUCAGACAAAGAUUGGCGGUUAUGAUAUUUCUGGGACGGUUGAGCAUGUGGGAUGGUGGUCCCCUACUAUAAUCAGAGGCGAUGACCGUGAAGCUGUCCACAUUCCUAACCACAAGUUCACUGUGAAUGUUGUAAGAAAUCUGAGUCAAAAAACUCACUGGCGUAUUAAGACUCACCUGGCCAUCAGUCAUUUAGAUGUUGGCAAAGUUAAUAACAUUGUAGCCGACAUGCGCAAGGUUUUGGCUAAAAAUCCUCAAGUAGAACAACGGAAAUUGCAUAGAAGAAUAUUCUUGGAUUACAUUAAUCCAGAAAAUCAAGCUCUCACGAUAAUGGUGUCCUGUUUCGUGAAGACCUCACGUUUUGAGGAAUACUUGUGUGUUAAGGAAGCCGUACUCCUCGACCUUCUCAGGGUCAUUGCCCACCACCAUGCUCGACUGGCUACUCCAAUCCGUACAGUCCGAAAUGUAUACACUGAUGCUGACUUGGACAGCGUACCAUUUUCAGACUCGUUCACACGUGGGGCCACCUCAAUCCAACCAUUACUGCUAAUUGAUAAAAUCAACGGAGAAGAUAAGACCAAAAUUCAAACUCAAAAUCAAACAGAGGCAAUUAUUGAUCAUAACAAGAAAGACGCGCUUGCAUCAUCAAAUGACAAAAGUGUUCAUGCCAUGAACUCGAAUUCCCAUUCUAAUCCCAAAACCGACAAUAUUAUUGCACCCAAGUCACAGUCUGUUGCAGCUGCUAAACCGUCGCUAGAAGAAAAUAUUGUGCUUGGAGUUGCUUUAGAUGGAUCGAAAAGGACAUUGCCGAUUGACGAGGAAGAUCAGAUGAUGACAUCAGCACCGAAUACGGAGGAGGAUUCAAAAGAAUUGGCUGUGGCUGAGAAGGGAAAAAAUGAUUCCAAUAGAUCUACUGGCCUUGGUUCAACGUCUGGUAGGCAGAUAGACGAGCAAGAAUAGAGGGUUUUAAGGACUCUUAAAAUGCAUAUAUAAAAGUUUUUAAGUUGAAUACUAGGAGGUUUAGUAGUGUUUUGUAGGUGCUGUUUGUAUUUCCUACCAUUCGCGUGUCAUAAAUUUUAGAGGAAACGGUACGCGUGAUGAUCAGCACCUUGCCCCGGCACCUGGUGUAUCACUAGGUGUUGUUGGUACUGUAAAUAUAUGUUUUUAACACUCAGUUCCUAGAUUUGUUCCAAGUCUGUUGUAUGAAAACGUUGGUUGUUGUAUACUUGUAUGCACGGUUUUUCUAAUAAGAAUAAAGAAAAGAAAAGCAAAAAAUAAAAAAAUAAAAAACAACUAUUACAGAAAGGCUUUGAAAACUAUUACAGAAAGGCUUUGUGCAAUUCCGGCUUUGUUUUCCAUGAUACUAAAUACUGAUCAAAAUCGUCUCUU